GGCUCAAGUACGAAUGGUACGAAUGCUUUUCGUUGUAGUAGCGAACGAGCACCGGAGGAUUUAAAAACACGCACCAGCAGAAAAGAUGUCCACCGCUCUAGAGAGUUACAUUCACCGGACUGUUGCUAUUGUCACUUCUGAUGGCAGAAUGAUCGUGGGGACUCUAAAAGGCUUCGAUCAGGCAAUCAACCUCAUCCUGGAUGAAAGCCACGAGCGGGUCUUCAGCUCUUCACAGGGAGUCGAGCAGGUGGUUCUGGGACUGUAUAUUGUCAGAGGAGAUAAUGUGGCUGUAAUCGGCGAGAUUGAUGAAGAAACUGAUUCUGCGCUGGAUCUUGGAAAUAUAAGAGCAGAACCGCUCAAUUCUGUGGUGCAUUGAUGGACAGAAAAUUUCAUUUAGAUCCAGUUGAAAACGUUCCCUGGGAAAUCUGCAGGCAUCUAUAAGCAGCAAUAUUAAUUGCUUUUUUAAAUCUUGAAAAAAAGACUGAAUGCGUAUGUUUUUUUUUUUGUUUUUUUUUACGGGUGUUGAAAUAAUAAAAGAAAAAGUGAUAAGUCAA